AUGGCUGACGGAUUAUCAAGCUUUUGGGGUCCGGUCACAUUCACCAAUGAGUGGUGUGAGAAGAAUUAUGUAUACUCUUCUUAUAUUGCUGAAUUCUUCAACACCCUAUCAAAUAUUCCAUGCAUACUUUUGGCUCUCAUUGGCCUUGUGAAUUCUUCAAGGCAACGGUUUGAGAAGAGAUUCAGUGUUCUUCAUUUAUCAAACAUGAUAUUAGCAAUUUGGAACAUUUUAUACCAUGCUACAUUAUAUCGCGUGCUACAGCAAAGUGAUGAAACUCCGGUGAUAUGGGAAACUCUCCUUUACAUCUAUGUCUUGUACUCACCAGACUGGCAUUAUCGCAGAACAAUGCCAACCUUCCUAGUCGUCUAUGGAGCUACUUUCGCAAUGGUCCAUUCACAUAUUCAAUUGGGUAUUGGCUUCAAGGUGCAUUUCGUGAUUCUAUGCCUUCUGUGCAUUCCUCGGAUGUACAAAUAUUACUUAUACACAGACGAUCUGUAUGCUAAACGGGUUGCAAAGGUAUAUGCAGUUACACUAGUUGUUGGCACUCUGUGUUGGCUGUUUGAUCGUGUUCUCUGCAGGGAUAGCUGGCCUGUCAAUCCACAGGGACAUGCCAUGUGGCACGUUUUCAUGGGUAUUAAUUCUUACUUCGCCAACACAUUUUUGAUGUUUUGCCGGGCUCAACAGCGCGGUUGGGCCCCAAAAGUUGUGCACUAUAUGGGCAUUCUUCCUUAUGUGAAAAUUCGAAAACCAAAAGUCCGAUGA